AUGACACUUCGUCAACAUACACGGCUAACCACAAAUUUGAAACCCGAUGGUGAAUCAUACAAGAAGAUGCGAGAAAUUGUUGGUGUUGAUCAAUUCUAUCCAACGGCGAACACUUUGAUUCAUGGUUCUCACUACCCGACUUCGGCAGCUAUGGAAAAGCUUGCUCAGGACGUUCAAGGACAGUACGUUGUUCUUCACUAUUUUUGCAUCAGCUCCGUUGCUGUUUUUCUUUUUGCUAAUGGCGUUGCUUCCAGAUCGAAACGGCGUGAACAAUUCCAUCGUCGCCGUCUGUUCGAUCCUGAUGCUCCUAUUGAUUACAUAAAUGACAAGAAUAUGAGAUUCAACAAGAAAUUGGAGAAAUUCUAUGGACAGUACACAGAAGACAUCAAGGAGGAUCUCGAACGUGGUACUGCAGUUUGA